AUGGCGACACGUGCGUCUGAAGAUCCAUCGCUGGAUCCACGGUUCCACAAUCUUCACGAGGAGCUCAGAUCUGUGCUCUUCAAUGGCUUGUCCAAUCUCUCUCCAAGCCAACUGCGGACCCCCCAAGUGGGCACCUCGGAAGCAUCACACAGCUUGGACUUUUCGACCGCAACAGUCAAGAUACCUCAAGCACGUCUUGUGCGCUACCUUCAAAACUGGAUCACCGAAUGUGCGCCGCAGCUUGACAAGUUUGACGAAGAGCAACACUUUCAGAUUGAAGUUCCUCUUGUUGCUCAGAGGUCUCCUGCUCUGCUGUAUGCUAUCCUUGCCUUUUCGUCACGACAGAUGGAAAGGAGAGGUUUGGUGCAAGGAUGCUACGACAGCCUCGAACUGUAUCAAGAAAGUAUAAGGUUAUUGGCACCUGCACUACAGGCCAAAGACUCGGCCACGUUGGUCACGGCUUGCGUUCUUGCUGUUUUUGAAUUGAUGUCUAGCGAAACAGGAAACUGGAGACGCCAUGUCGAAGGCUGUGCCUCACUCUUCGAGCUCUUUGGUGUAAAUGGCUUCUCAGGCGGUUUGCUGCAAGCCGUGUUCUGGUGUUACACAAGAAUGGAAGUGUGUGGAAGCCUCACAUCUGAUGGUGCUGAGACUAUGGUUUUGGCACUUGAGAAAUGGGUGCCAGACCGAAAUCGAUCUGUAAUAACGCCAGAAGAUGGUGAAAGGUUGGUAAGAACACUCUUUCAUGAAAAGAGUAGAGACUCACAUGACACGCAUGCCAAUUGGGCAAUAUAUCUAUGCGCAAGAGUAUGCGAUCUGAAGUUCCGCAGAACAAGUUAUCUUGAACUCGGGCACACAGACACUAGCGACAGAAGACCAUUCUCGCAACAAUGGCAACAGCUUUGGCUAGAUCUACAGUUCUGGCUCGAUGAGCGUCCUUCAACUAUGAGAUCUAUUGCUCUCGUCGAUGAAGACACCGAGUCCAGUUUCCCACUGAUCGCUUUUCCACAUUGGGCAGCAAUCUCAAGCAAUCAGGUAUACCACGCUGCUUGUAUCUUGAUGUUGGAAAUGCAGCCGCCUGGGAGCGGGUUUGAUUCUCAUACUUUGUCGCUAUGGCAUGCGAGGCAAAUAUGUGGCAUUUCGUGCGCGAAUCCACACUCAGGGAGUAUGGUGAACUCGAUACAGCCUCUAUACAUCGCAGGCAGACUGCUCACGCAUCGGAGUGAGCGACAGAAGAUAGCUCAAUUACUAGCUUGUAUAGAGCGCGAGACUGGGUGGGCGGCUCUGUGGCGAUUGCGAGAUCUCGAGGCUGAGUGGGGAUACGAGGGUAUCGUUGACUGGGGAGGAUAA